AUGGCUGUAGAACAAGUACCAGAGCUGAAUAGACUUCCAAGUAUAGGACUCCCCCACACCACCUCCCCUCCUCCUAAUCCCCCAUUUCCCCUUCCCCGCUUCCCUCCUCUCCUCACCAAACCAUCCCUCUCCUAUCCUCAGCUGGAUGACGUUAUCGAUACUGACGUGGUUCUCAUAACCCAAUCACUAGACGAUCACAUGCACGUGAGGACGCUCAAGGCGCUGGCAGCUAGGCGGCCGGACGUCCCUGUGAUCGCCACUCCCAACGGACAGGCGUUUCUGGACUCCCUGUUCUCCAAUGCCCUGGCAGCUAGGCGGCCGGAUGUCCCUGUGAUCGCCACUCCCAACGGACAGGCGUUUCUGGACUCCCUGUUCUCCAAUCCAGACGGCCCGGACGUCCCUGUGAUCGCCACUCCCAACGGACAGGCGUUUCCUGGUCUCCCUGUUCUCCAAUGUGACAUACCUAGAGCCCGGCUCAUCCACCUCCUUUUCUUCUUCCAAAGGAGCCAGGUGACAUACCUAGAGCCCGGCUCAUCCACCUCCUUUUCUUCGUCCAAAGGAGCCCGGCUGUCUGUGAAGGCCGUGCCUGGGCCUGUGCUGGGUCCACCCUGGCAACGACCAGAGAAUGGGUACAUUGUUCGAGGGGGAGUGUCAGGUGCCUCUAUUUAUAUCGAGCCACAUUGUGUGUUUAACGAGGCAGCUCUUAAGGAGGGUGGCGAACGAGUGGAUGUGCUGGUGACGCCGGUGGUGAAACAGGAGUUACCGGCUUUCACCCUCGUGUCAGGGCAGGAGGAUGCUGUGAGGCUGGCUCAGGUAGUGGGCGCUAGAUACGUGGCGCCUAUGGCUAAUGCUGACGUGGACGCGUCUGGGAUUUUGAGUGCUCUUGUAACUCCUAUUGGCACACUCGAUUCAUUCAAGCUACACUCGGUGCGCCGCUUAUACGAGAACAUCGUACCGUCCCAUACGGUGUACGACGUCGAGUCACCGGAGCACGUGAUUCGCCGGUUCAGCCACGAUGGGCAGUACCUCAUCUGCUUCUCGCGCAACGGCCUUGAGCUCAUUGUGUACCGCUUCCACUGGUUCAAUACCUCAUCUGCUUCUCCCGCAACGGCCUUGAGCUCAUCGUCUACUGCUUCCACUGGUUCAAUUCAGCACUGGUUAGCAGGUUCAACCACAGUGGGGAGUGGGCAGUACCUCAUCUGCUUCUCCCGCAACGGCCUUGAGCUCAUCGUGUACCGCUUCCACUGGUUCAGCCACGAUGGGCAGUACCUCAUCUGCUUCUCCCGCAACGGCCUUGAGCUCAUCGUCUACCGCUUCCACUGGUUCAACUACGGCGCGCAGGGGGCAGCAGCAGUGGCAGAGGUAGAGGAGGACGACGACCUCCCAGCUUCUAGAAAGUUCCCGAGCUACUUUGAGCAGCUGGGGCAGUGGGAGUGGCAGAGGCAGAGGAGGACGACCACCUACCAGCUGCGUCCAGGAAGUUCCCGAGCUACUUUGAGCAGCUGUACUGCGCUUCCUCUUCCCCCCUUCCCCCCUGACAGCUACGGCGCGCAGGGGGCAGCAGCAGUGGCAGAGGCAGAGGAGGACGACCACCUCCCAGCUUCUAGAAACUACGGGGCUCAGGGGGCAGUGGGAGUGGCAGAGGCAGAGGAGGACGACCACCUACCAGCUGCGUCCAGGAAGUUCCCGAGCUACUUUGAGCAGCUGUACUGCGCGCCCCUGGGGAGGGGCAGCGAGGUGCUGUGCAAGGACCUCUUCCUCUGCUGCCAGGGGAGCGCUCUGCCUGCCUUGCCUUGGGCUAGGGGCACUGCCUCUACGGCGCGCAGGGGGCAGCGGGAGUGGCAGAGGCAGAGAAAGACGACCACCUACCUCCAGCUGCCAGAAAGUUUCCGAGCUACUUUGACACCCUCCCCUCCCCCCCUCCCACCCAGCUACGGCGCGCAGGGGGCAGCGGGAGUCGCAGAGGCAGAGGAGGACGACCACCUGCCAGCAGCGUCCAGAAAAUUCCCGAGCUACUUUGAGCAGCUGUACUGCGCGCCCCUGGGGAGGGGCAGCGAGGUGCUGUGCAAGGACCUCUUCCUCUGCUGCCAGGGAUCUGCCUUGGGCGUGUUUGCCUCGGCCACCCCUGCGGAUUUGGCGUCUCCUCCUAGGGUGGGGGCAGUUAAAGGGGUGCCUGCUAUGGAGAGCAUCACUCUACACCUCGUCAGGCUGUGUGAUGGCAAGGUGGUGGACAGGCGUGUGUUUCGAGACGACUACAUCAACCUCACCCACAAUGGAGGGGCGUUUCUGUACGACGACCUGCUCUCCGUGCUCAGCAUCCGCUUCCAGAGGAUACACUUGUUCCAGGUGAGAGGAAUCGAAAGUCGCCCAGAGGAGUUGAGUGAACUCAACUCAACCCUCACUGUGUUUCGAGACGACUACAUCAACCUCGCUCACAACGGAGGGGCGUUUCUAUACGAUGACCUGCUGUCCGUGCUCAGCAUCUGCUUUCAGAGGAUCCAUCUCUUUCAGGUGAGGGUGGUGGAUUGGUCGGUUUGUGGAUGUGCAGGUGGUGGGGCCGUUUGGGUGUGUGACGAUGAUGAGCUGCUGCUCUCAUCCUACCUCUCCACCACUCCCCACCCCCCUGCACCACAGAUCGUAGAGGCAGCAGAGCGGUUUGUAGACGUGCAAGUAAUCGGGCCGUUCGGGUGCGAUGAUGAUGAGUUGAUGCUCUCAUCCUACCUCUCCACCACUCCCCACCCCCCUGCACCACAGAUCGUAGAGGCAGCAGAGCGGUUUGUAGACGUGCAAGUAAUCGGGCCGUUCGGGUGCGAUGAUGAUGAGUUGAUGCUCUCAUCCUACCUCUCCACCACUCCCCACCCCCCUGCACCACAGAUCGUAGAGGCAGCAGAGCGGUUUGUAGACGUGCAAGUGAUCCGGCCGUUUGGGCCACGGGAGGGAGGGGAGGGGGUGGUGAGGGGAGUGGAGGUGUGGGAGGUGAGGAGGGGAUUAGUGAGGGGGGUGUGGGGGGGGUAUACGGAAGAGGAUGAGGAGGGGGAGGGGGAGGAGGAAGGGGAGGAAGGGGAGGGGAGAGGGGAGGGAGGUGAAAGGGGAGGGCGGGAGGGGGGAGAUGGAGAGGAGGUGGGAGGGAGAUUGGGAGGAGUGGGGGGAGGAGGUGGAAGGGGGGAGGGAGAGAGGGUGGGUGAUGCAGAGAGGAAAGGCAGGAGUACGGUUUUAGAGGGAAGGGGUGAUGACGGUAGAAUGAGGGGAGAGGAGGGGAGAGUGGCGGAUGAGAGGAGUCAGGGUGAGGGGAGUAGGGGGGAGGGAAGUAGCGGGGAGGGGAGCAGGGGUGAGGGGAGCAGGGGUGAGGGGAGCAGGGGUGAGGGGAGCAGGGGUGAGGGGGUCGAGAGGGGGACGGGACAGGAAAGGAAGUGGAAAGAGACGCAAGGAUUGGGAGGAGGGUAUUUGGAUAGGAGGCAGGACGAGCAGGGGGUGAAGAAGCCGCGAUUGAGACUGGAAAGUGUGAGGGAGGAGGGGGUGGAGGGGCAUGGGAGAGAUGAGUCAGGGGAGGUUGGAGAGAGGGCGAGAGGUGGGGAUGGGGGAAAGGAGGGAGGAGAGAGAGGAGAGAGAAGAGAAAGAGCAGUGGAAAAGGCUGAGAUUGUAAGCGAGGGAGUGGAGGAAGGAGGAGGUGGGGAAGGAGAAGAAGGGGAAGAAGUAAAGAGAAGUGAGAGAGGGGAAGGGACCACUGUAGGUGACGAGGGGGCAAGGGAAGAGAAGGGAGGAAGCGGAGGAGGAGGAGGAGGAGGAGGCGAGGAAAGAGGAGAGGAAACUGGUCACAGUGUCAGAGGGAAGGAAACGGGAGGAGGAGAAAUUGGAGGAGAGAGAGGAGGAGCAAGAGGAGGAGCAAGAGGAGGAGCCGGGGGAAUGGGAGGGGUAGCGAUGUAUGAGAGGCGCUAUGGGGGGGAGGAUGGGCGGCUGUUAGCGCCGCGCACAUCCAUGGGUCCCCCUGGUGGUGGGGGAAGGGGGAGAAGAGAGGGAGGGAGAGGAGGGGCAGGGGGAGGAGGGGCGGCGGGAGGAGGGGUGGCAGCAGGAGGAGCAGGAGCAGCAGGAGGAGGGAGGGGUGGGGAUGUGUGGAUGCAAGGUGGGGUUGCUGCUCACAGCCUUACCAUGUCUACCUUUGGCUCUAGCCUCUUCAGCCUCUCGUAUGGGCCUGACGGUCAGGCAUCGCUACAAUCGCCUUCCCACACCGCCUCACACACUCACUCCCACACUCACUCUCACACUCACUCGCAUGCCCACUCCCAUGGACAUUCCCACGCUCACUCCCAAUCGCACUCGCGUGCUCAUUCGCACGAGCGUGGGACUGGGGGAAUGCGGCACCACGGAGGGGCGAGCUCAGAGGGAGCAGCAAGAAGCGGCUUGCCGUUUUUCUUUGGAGCAAUGGGAGCAGCAGCAGGGGGGAGGGGAGUGGGGGGAGGCACUGGGGAGGGCGGAGAGAGGGGGGUGAGUGGGAGGAUGAUUGGGUCUAGGAGUCAGGGAGAGGGGAGGGAGAGAGGGAUAGGGGGAGGGGGGUCUGAGAGGGAGAGAGGCGGCAGGGAGAGGGGCAGUAGGAGACGACGCAGCAGACAGACGGGGGAGGGCGGCAGCGAAUCGGGAACGGGCGGCGGUGGGGCGGCGAGUUAUGUUGUCAGUGACAGGGGCGAUCUGGAGGCGAUUACGAGGCAGCAGUUGGGGGGAGGAGCGGGGGGAAGGGGGAGUGAAGGCGUGGGGGGAGCAGCAGGGGGAGGGGCAGCUGCAGGAGGAGGGGCAGGGGGAGAAGGAGAGGCAGGGAGAGAAGGAGGAGCAGCGGCAGCAGGAGCAGGGAGAGGGGUGAGGGGAGGAGUGGGAGCAGCAGAACUGGCAGGGGAAGGAGAUGGGGGUGCGCAUGGGCAUGGGCAUGGUCAUAGGGAUGGGGAUGGCCUAGAAGGUGGACGAACAGAUGGCACUGGUGGUGGGGGUGUAUCCGCUCCCAUGCCUGGGCCUGGUGCUGCCAGAGGUGCUGGGAGAUCAGAAGGCCCUGCAGGAGCAGGAGCAGGAGCAGCAGGAGUGGGAGGAGAGGGAGGAGUGGGCGGAGGGGGAAGAGGGGUUGGAGGGGGAGGAAUGGGAGGAGUGGGAGGAAUGGGUGGAGGGGAGAGAGAAGGGGGGGUAGGGGGAGGUGGGUUUGGGGGAGCUCUAGCCGGGCUAGAGAGGGAAGGAGGGGCAAGGGAGGCCAGUGGAUGGGGUGACGGGAGGUGGAUGUUGGGGGGGGGAAGGGGAGGAGGUGGGCAUGAGGGGUAUGGGGGAACUGGGGGCUCAGCUGUUGCACCGCUGUCAUCUGCUCAUCCGCCUGGGCAGCACAGAGGGGGUGGUGCUGCGGGGUCUCACUCGUUCGCACCUCCCGCUCCCACUUUCUUCCCCGUGCCAGGCUCAGCUGUUGCACCGCUGUCAUCUGCUCAUCCGCCUGGGCAGCACAGAGGGGGUGGUGCUGCGGGGUCUCACUCGUUCGCACCUCCCGCUCCCACUUUCUUCCCCGUGCCAGGCUCAGCUGUUGCACCGCUGUCAUCUGCUCAUCCGCCUGGGCAGCACAGAGGGGGUGGUGCUGCGGGGUCUCACUCGUUCGCACCUCCCGCUCCCACUUUCUUCCCCGUGCCAGGCUCAGCUGUUGCACCGCUGUCAUCUGCUCAUCCGCCUGGGCAGCAGAGAGGGGGUGGUGCUGCGGGGUCUCACUCGUUCGCACCUCCCGCUCCCACUUUCUUCCCCGUGCCAGGCUCAGCUGUUGCACCGCUGUCAUCUGCUCAUCCGCCUGGGCAGCAGAGAGGGGGUGGUGCUGCGGGGUCUCACUCGUUCGCACCUCCCGCUCCCACUUUCUUCCCCGUGCCAGGCUCAGCUGUUGCACCGCUGUCAUCUGCUCAUCCGCCUGGGCAGCACAGAGGGGGUGGUGCUGCGAGGUCUCACUCGUUCGCACCUCCCGCUCCCACUUUCUUCCCCGUGCCAGGCUCAGCUGUUGCACCGCUGUCAUCUGCUCAUCCGCCUGGGCAGCACAGAGGGGGUGGUGCUGCGGGGUCUCACUCGUUCGCACCUCCCGCUCCCACUUUCUUCCCCGUGCCAGGCUCAGCUGUUGCACCGCUGUCAUCUGCUCAUCCGCCUGGGCAGCACAGAGGGGGUGGUGCUGCGGGGUCUCACUCGUUCGCACCUCCCGCUCCCACUUUCUUCCCCGUGCCAGGCUCAGCUGUUGCACCGCUGUCAUCUGCUCAUCCGCCUGGGCAGCACAGAGGGGGUGGUGCUGCGGGGUCUCACUCGUUCGCACCUCCCGCUCCCACUUUCUUCCCCGUGCCAGGCUCAGCUGUUGCACCGCUGUCAUCUGCUCAUCCGCCUGGGCAGCAGAGAGGGGGUGGUGCUGCGGGGUCUCACUCGUUCGCACCUCCCGCUCCCACUUUCUUCCCCGUGCCAGGCUCAGCUGUUGCACCGCUGUCAUCUGCUCAUCCGCCUGGGCAGCAGAGAGGGGGUGGUGCUGCGAGCGUCCGACAGCUCCCAUGCAAGCUGCUGCAGCCGUCUCUCAACCCACCCAUCAGCUCCUUGUGCCCUUCCUCCUUUUAUAUGGCUCAGCUGUUGGACCGCUGUCAUCUGCUCAUCCGCCUGGGCAGCACGGAAGGGGUGGUGCUGCGAGCCUCUGACAGCUCCCACCAGAACUCUUUUUUCACCGUUUACAACUUCGUCACCACCAGAGUGCUGUGCUUCUAUCAGGUGAGUGCUCUCUGCUUCUGGAAGGCGCCUCAAAAGGCUGAAAGAGAUUGCUUCCUUCCCCCCUCUGUGGUGACUUUUGAGGCGCCUCAAAAGGCUGAAAGAGAUUGCUUCCUUCCCCCCUCUGUGGUGACUUUUGAGGCGCCUCAAAAGGCUGAAAGAGAUUGCUUCCUUCCCCCCUCUGUGGUGACUUUUGAGGCGCCUCAAAAGGCUGAAAGAGAUUGCUUCCUUCCCCCCUCUGUGGUGACUUUUGAGGCGCCUCAAAAGGCUGAAAGAGAUUGCUUCCUUCCCCCCUCUGUGAACUCGUCGGAGGACUUUCUGUCUGCGUUUGAGCAUUUCUGCGACCACUUCCGCGCCCCGCCGCGGUCUCCAGCCGGGUUUUCGUUCAUCAGCAGCUGCGCCAACAAUGUGUUUGCGCGCGAGGCGUUCAAGAAGCAGAAGGCUGCUCUAGUCACGUGCAAGGGCGGAUCACAGACGCAGGCAAUAAAGCGAAUGCUGGCUGCUCUUCCCUACAGUGCACAGACCUACUCCCCAUCUCCCUACUUCGACCAGUCGCUCUUUCAUUUUGAUGAAAAGUACGCCUCCCUCUGCUUCCACCGUCCCAUCUCACAUCCGAUUUUUGAGGCGCCUUUUGAGGCGCCUCAAAAGUAA